AUGGUCGAGGCGGCCUCCGACAGGUUCGUGGUCGUGGUUGACGACUCGAAGCUGGUCUCGGGUCUGGGUGGGUCGGGCCUGGCCAUGCCCGUCGAGGUCGUCCAGUUCUGCUGGAAUUACAAUCUGGUUCGAUUGAAGGAGCUGUUUAAGGAAGAAGGUUGCGAGGCAAAAUUGAGAUUGGACGGGGAUGGGAAACCCUACGUGACUGAUAACUCGAAUUACAUCGUGGAUCUGUAUUUCAAGACGCCAAUUAGGGAUUCCGGCGCGGCCGGGAAGGAGAUCGCCGCCCUGGAGGGGGUGGUGGAGCACGGGCUGUUCUUGGAUAUGGCGACUGCCGUGAUUAUCGCCGGUGGCAGUGGGGUGAGCGUGAAGACAAAGUGA